CGGCAAGAUGGCGGUGUCGUUGGUGUGUGAGGAGACGGGGAGCAGAGUGAGUUCGGUCCUUAACCGUGAUGUGAAGCAAUUUGGAAAAAAGUUCUUAUUUGAUCGUAAUGAGGAAACCUGCUGGAAUUCAGAUCAGGGCCCCUCCCAGUGGGUGUUGCUCGAGUUCCCUCAGACUGUAAAGGUGACUGAAUUACAGCUGCAGUUCCAAGGUGGAUUCACAGGCAGGUCAUGCAGACUCGAAGGUGGAAGAAAGGGAUCCAAUUUGGUGAAAAUAGCUGACUUCUACCCCGAAGACACAAACUGCUUACAGAGAUUCUCCAUCCAUGAGGAAUCCGUUGCUGAUAAAUUAAAAAUCAUUUUUGAGGAAAGCACAGAUUUCUUCGGAAGAAUUGUUAUCUAUCAUCUUGAUGUUCUCGGUGAAAAAUUAUUGUAAUGUAUCUGAUUAUACUCACUGCCUGGAGAACCAGAAACCAGCUGGAACUGGGAAUUCCCAAACACCCUGUCAGUGCCUCAUGAUAUAUAAACUCUAACAUAAUGCAUUCGCUGGUUUCAGCUAAUUCAGCCUGAAACUUGCCUUGGAUCAGUGAGAAGGAGCUGAAGAACUUUAUAUUAGACAAUUACAGGAAACAUGUCUCGAUCACUGGUAUUUAAAAUAUAAAUUAGGACACCUGACUUUUCAUUUGCUUUUGGUAUUCAAUGAUCAGUAUACUGUCAGCAAAUAUCCUGAGCAGCAAUGUUCCCCAAACAUCAGAGAGCUUAAGGAAAUCCUGAGGCUCAUUUUGUUUUUGGAUGUGGACCAUUGGUCAAGAGGCUGUAGAACUCCCAUACCAACAAGCUCCUUAUUGUUUCUUCACAUUGCAAAGAGAGGCAGUUGGUUAUCUUGUAUAUCUUUGUAGGCAAAGUCCACUUUUAGUUGCUCCUCUUGGACUGAAGAAUUCAUUCGUUUUUAACCUUUCCUCAUAGCUUAGUUCUCUGACAGCAGGUA